AUGUACAUCGCGACGUUUCUUUGGUUCAGUUUUCUGAAAAUCUCCUCGAACCUCUCCCCAAUCUGGGACGUAAAUUACAAUAAAAAGUCGCCGCCAAUUAAAGCGUGCUUUUAUCCGCAAACCGGCGUUUCGAACUUCUGCCAAAGUCUUCCGAAUUAUUCGGCGAUAAAAAACCUAUCGACGUCAACGGGAUAUAAAAAAAUUGAGAUCCGUCAUCAAAUCGUGGAAAAUCUGGAACGCGGUUCGCUUUCCGGGAUCCUGACUGUGAAGGAGUUCGCCAUUCAGCAUUCGAACCUGAGCGACAUUCAACCGGGAGCAUUUGAGCGGUCUUUGUCGCUUUUAUUGCUGGAUUUCCGGCACAACAAAUUAGAAGCGGUUAAAACAGGCACUUUUAACGAUCUACUGAUUUCCACUUUAAAUCUGAGCCACAACAGGAUCAAGUUUAUAGAAGACGACGCCCUAAGUUACAUGAGCAAUCUGGAAGAGAUUUAUUUGGCUCAUAAUCUGCUGACAAAGUUUAACAACGCUUGGUUCCAUAAAACACAGCGUUUAAGAGAGUUACACUUGGAAAAUAACUUUUUUACUGUCAUCCCAAACGACGUUUUCCGGAACUUAAGAGGGCAAUUGUUUAAUCCAAAUAUCUACCUAAGUUUUAACAAAAUAACGGUCGUUCAUUCGUUGGCGUUUCGUGGUAUGGAUAAUAUUCGAAUAGGGAAAUUGUUUCUAGACAAUAAUUUUAUAAAAGUCUGGAACGAAAACUCAUCCAGCAACGUAAACGAGCUUAAACUGAGUUUCAACAAUGUCACCUGCAUACAUGGGGACGUACGAGAAACAGCGAAACUCGGUAGUGUUGAAAAUUUCGAGCACAAUCCGUACAACUGUACUUGCUUAAAAGAUAUAAAAAGCGCUUUCGACUCCAGUGGUCAACAAUCUGCCUGGUUUAGGGAACAAUAUUUAAUUUGCAGGGAUGGAAACAAAAUGAAGAAAGCUCGGAGGGAUAGCGAUGUCGAGAUAUUUCAUUCGCCAUAAAUGUUAUUACUAAACAAAAUACAAUAAAAAGAAAUUUGUAAGGUAUAGUUACAUAUAGAUACUAAGCCACUUUUUUUUAGUAACCUUAAUGCCGGUAUGUUUAGAACGAAACAUUUACGCACAAUAUAUAACAAAGACGCAAGCAAUACCAAAAAAAAAAAAAAACGAGAAAGAAAAGAAAAUGAGUCUGGGGUAUAUUAUAUUGGGGUCUGCAGUCAAGGCGAUUCAUAUGCAGCGUAACAGUUCAACUGCCCACUCAGUUUACCAGCAUCCUUUUUAAUGGUUUUAGGAGGUAAAAUUUUAAGACUGCCGAGAAUACUGAAUUUAAUUAAACCUGUUACGAAAACGAGCUCAUAAAGGGUGACGCUUUAGGAGGGGUGAGGCAUAAUGUGUUUAUGCUUCAAGUCCAAAUUAUGAGCAUCUAACUAAAUUUAAUGUUUUCAAAUAGAUAUUGAAAACAUCGAUAACUUAUUAUUUUAUUUUAUUGUACCAUAUCAUGAUAAUGACGCCUUUCCUCAAUGUCGAACCUGUCUAAUGGCACUGAUUUUAGCACCAACUAGCA